UACUGUCAUUACUUCCAUAAUAGCUGUAGUUUUAUUUGUUUUAUUUUUUUACAUUUUUUUUUGUUCCAUUACUUUUUCAUAUUUGUUCCUACUGAACAUAUAAAUUAUUUAUGCUCCUGACAUGUAUCUUAAUUCCUUGUUUGGUAUUCAAAUUUAAUCCUGUGGUAUUCUAGUGGACAGAGUUCAUUUUGAACCACAUACUUCCUUGUAUGUCAUUAUUUUCCUGGUUCCCUGAUUGCCUUUAUAGUCUGCUCUUAGCUAAUGCAUGGAAUACAGUUUAUAAAAGCAACAUCAUCUGAAUAACUUCUCUGUCUGCUUUUUGGAGUUCAUGUAAGAUAAUCAAAAGAAAGUAGUGCUCAUCUUUUCUUUCUGCAUGUUUUCUUUUUUCAGCCUCAUUUUCCUCCCGUUAUUAUAUGGGAGUGAAGUUGGGACAGGGAGCCUUUGGUUCUGUGUAUAAGGGGAAUCACAGAUUUAGUGGCCAGAAGGUUGCUAUCAAAUGUAUACGUAAGAAGCCCUGGAACAGCUUUAUUAAUGUGCCUGGAUCUACAGAACCACUGCUGUCAGAAGUGGUUAUGAAUGUGAUGGUGUGCUCACCUCCGAAAAGCCCCUACGUUGUACAAAUGAUCGAGUGGUUUGAUCAGACACAUCAGUUCGUCAUAGUUAUGGAAUAUCCACAUCCAUGUCAGACCUUGCUGGAAUUUACCAUGUGGCAUGGAAGUUGUCUGGAUGAAUCUGUGGCACGUGGUUUAAUGCGGCAAGCGGUGCUUGCAGCCAAACACUGCAUUGAACGGGGCAUCUUACACAAUGACAUCAAGACGGACAACAUGCUGGUCAACACAGAGACACUGCAGCUCAAACUGAUAGACUUCAGCUGUAGCAAACGUAUUAACAUGUCUUGCUCUGAAGAUCAUCAACAGGUGGUUGGAUCAACAGUCUGGUCUUUGGCUAUGGUACUUUUGGAGAUAGUAAGCGGAGACCAGCCCAUAAGUGUUUUUCUCUCCAAAGCACGUCAUCCUUUGAUACCAAAUUUCUCCAGUGAGUUUCAAGAUCUGAUAGAGCAGUGUCUGGUCAGGCAUCAAACCAAGAGACCAACGUUAGAGCAGAUUUUAGAACAUCAGUGGUUUAAGCAGGACUGAGGGAAGACAGAGGAUCAGGAGGCAGGUUGUGUAACAGCUUGAGGGAAGGCAGAUACUAACCAACUCUUCAGUAAAAAAAACCCCAGAUCAUUCAUCUGUAGAGAAUAGCUAGCAGACAGCACUUUACUGAAG